CUGAUACUGACACACACACACACACACAGCACUCCGACAGAGGACGGACGGAAAGAGCAAAAAGGAACCUGUUAGAAAACAACGAAGAAAAACAACAUAACCUAAAAGAAAACUGGAACAAGAAGCAGAGAAGCAAAAGGAAGGGAAGAAACUCAAGAACCAGAAGGGAGAAAGAGGUGCUGUGUGCUGUGUUUAAGUGAAACCAUCAACACAAUCCAAAACCACUCUAACCAAUAUCAUCAUAAUUAGCUGCAACCUCAAGCUAAAACACUUACCUGAGGGUUAGGAAACAUCUGGACUCUUAGAGAACCAGUGUCAGAAAUCGUUACUGCAGAAACCAGAAGUAAACUCAUGCCAUCACCUUCAAAAACCAGUCAAACGAUGGCCCCUAAAAAGAAGGCCCCUCGUCAGAAGAAGCCUGCCGUGGAAGCCAUCUCCCCGGUUGCCAUUGAGACCCCCCCGACCCAGCUGAAGGUAGAAAGCCGUGGUGACGGUGUGGUAGUGAUGGAGAGCAGUGUGAAGAAGAUCGAGCAGAUGGCGGCGCUGGACAUCGCUCAGCUGAACAGCCUCAACCUGCCACUGCCGCCGCCCGUCAUCAAGCCUGGAGAGAGAGGCCUCGGCCUGGGCAGCGAGCUGACCCGGCCCCUGCAUGGAAACGCCCUGCUGGAGGAGCUCAGCAAGAUGCGCCAGGAGAAGUUCCUGACUGAUCUGGAGUUGGCCUGUAAGACAAAGGCCUUUGACGUCCACAAGCUGGUCAUCUCCUCCGUCAGUCAGUACUUCAGAGAGAUUCUGGCCAAAGACCCCAGCAUGAAGCGCCUGGAGCUCCCCUCCCUCUCACCUCUAGGCCUCGCCAACGUCAUCACCUUUGCCUACCUGGGUCGUGUCCACAUGUCCCUCUACACUAUUGGUUGCACCGUCUCUGCUGCCGCUGCCCUGCAGAUCCCUCAGCUCCUGAAGAUGUGCAUGGACUUCCUCCUGGCCGAGCUCAAUGUGCAGACCUGCGUCUACAUCUGGAACAUCGCCGCCGCCUACAGUCUGGUGCCGGUGUGCGACGCCGCCCGCCGCUUUGUCCUGGAGAAUUUUGUCCAGUUUGCAGACACACCGCUGUUCACUCAGUUGACCGUGGAGCAGAUGUCCGCCUUCCUGCAGGACGACUCUCUGCUGCUGCCUUCAGAGGUCACCGCCUUCCAGCUGGCCAUGAGGUGGCUCGACUUCGACUCCUCUCGUCAGCCUCACGCUGCGGAGCUUCUCUCUCACAUCCGCUUCGAGACGAUCCCGGCCAGCGAGCUGGUGAGUCAGAUCCAGCCAGUUCCCCGCAUGAUGAUGGACCCUCACUGCCACCGCCUGCUGGUAGACGCCAUGAACUACCACUUGCUGCCCUACCAGCAAAACACCCUGCAGUCCAGACGCACACAGGUCCGCGCCGGGCAACAGACCCUGCUCACCAUCGGUGGGCGCCCGUCACUCACCGAGAGAGCUCUCAGCCGCGAGGUGCUGUGGAGGGACCCUCGUGAAGGAGGAGCCUCCUGGCGUCACCUGAGCCAGCUGCCGGCGAAGAGCUUCAACCAGUGUGUGGCUGUGAUGGACGGAUUCCUGUACGUGGCCGGAGGAGAGGACCAGAAUGACGCCCGCAACCAGGCCAAGCAUGCCGUUAACACCCUCAGCAGAUACGACCCUCGCUUCAACACCUGGCUCCACCUGGCCAGCAUGCGUCAGCGCCGCACCCACUUCUCUCUGGCAGCCAGUGGCGGCCGCCUGUUCGCCAUCGGUGGUCGUAACGUGGAGGGUCUGCUGGCCACCAUCGAGAGCUACCUGCCCUCCUCCAAUACCUGGCAGAUGCGUGCUCCCAUGGAUGUUCCCCGCUGCUGCCACUCCAGCGCCACCCUGCCCUCCGGAGACAUCCUGGUGUCCGGUGGCUACAUCAACUGUGCGUACUCCCGCUCCGUGGCGUGCUACAGCGUGGACAACGACACCUGGAGCGAGAAGGCCCCGAUGGAGACGCCCCGCGGCUGGCACUGCUCCGCCACCCUCGGAGGGAAGGUGUACGUUGUGGGAGGAAGCCAGCUGGGGCCCGGCGGUGAGCGGGUGGAUGUGCUCUCUGUGGAGGUGUUCUCCCCGGAGAAUAGCUCCUGGAGCCGUGCAGCCCCUCUCCUCCUUGGCGUGAGCACCGCCGGCCUGUCCCCGCUCGCCGAUAAGCUGUACCUGCUGGGAGGCUGGAACGAGGCUGAGAAGCGCUACAAGGCAGCGGUGCAGAAGUAUGACCCGGCCACCGACAGCUGGUCCAUGGCAGAGGAUCUGCCAGAGCCCACUGUUGGAGUUUCCUGCUGCACCCUGACCCUGCCGCCCCGCCACGCACCGCGCCGCCAGCAGCACCGCAAUACCCCGGCACACGAAGAGCAGCAGCAGGCCGGGAAGAACCGGAGCAGAGAGAGCAGCAUGGCUCCUUCACAAACCAUUACCGCAUAGAGGGGAAGAGGUUUAACAUCAGGGGAACAUCUGGAUCAUGUCUGCUCUUUAUUCUGUAUCUAGGCCUAAAAUAACCUUUGUCAAUGUAGAAAAAAAUGAUAUACGUAACACUGAAAUUAAAAUGUAUCUGUUGAUCAAUUAUUACACAAAAUAUUUUACAAUAAUAAAGAAAAAUAGCAGACAAAAAAAGACCAUUACUCUUGACAAAACAUUUGUUUUGCUAACACCAUGAUGUAAUUUAAAUAUAUUGUAGAAAUUUAAAUAAAUUAAACAUUUUGAUUUAAUAAAUUAUGUGAACGGAUUAAAAUAAAUAUUAUAAACAUAUAUAUUUAAAAAUAUAUUUAUAGAUGUGACUCUUAAGGUUUUAACACUGAUAAUCUGCGAUUAAUUUAGCAAAAUAUGCCUCCAGAUCUACACAAUUUAGACAAACCAUUGGUCCCUAAUUCUCCCUGAGGUGAUCAAAUAUUUACUUGACAUAUUAUGUCAAUUAAAAUGUAACAAUGAUAAUUUAAAAUGGAACCAAAUACCGACCCAUGGAAAGCCCUUGUAUGUGCUAGAUUUGCAAGAAGGAAAAGAGAGCUUGCAUGAUCCAAAGUGGUCUCAGGAGGUUUUACAUUGAUGGAAUGUGGGGAGAAAAAGAUGGAUCAGGGAUCGUAGUGGAGCAGGUGGAGAGGUGAUGGUGGUAGGAGGAUGAUGAUGGAAAGCUUGAACAGUGGCGGUCAGCGUUUGUCACUGUGAAUCCACUGGCAGUUUGUGUAUAAAGAUGUAUCUAGGCAGUGUGUGUGAGGUUCAACUGUGAAAAUAAAGUGUGUAUGUGUGUGUGACAGGUGUGUGUGACAGAAAAAUGAGCCAAUUCUGACAAAAUCUGCUAUAUUUAAGGUUUUUACACCAGCCAACUUGGAAGUAUUUCUUCACUGGGAUCGAAGCAGGUCAGCAACAAAACAAGAUUAUGGUUUUAUUUAUUUUAUAUAUAUAUACUUAAUUCUUUCAGAAGUAGUGCAGCUUAAUUGUGACAAAAUGAAAAAAAAAUGUAGUAAAUAUUUUCUAAGUGCAACGAAGUGAAAGGAUUAGGUGAACACAAGAGGAAGGCGGCGUAAACGCAAAACCAAACAUAAAAAUAAAGGAUAAUUUGCCCCAAACCUCACCUGCGUUCAUUUUAAAACUCGUUGUCCUCUUUUAAUUUAUACUGAAACUAAGACAAGUGAAGAGCCAGUGAGACUCCAGCAGGUAGAAGGAUAAACUGAUGAAAAGCUGCAGCUGCAUUUUGAGUUAAUAAUCCCUCUGUAUUUGUCACUGGAAGUGCUCUGUGCUGCUGGUUUCACUGAAUAAAGCAUACAUUAUUAAAACAUUAAA